AUGGUGGCAAGUGAUGAAGGAGUUAAGAAAAUUGAAAAAGAUGAAGAUGUAUUGGAAUGUAUUAAUGCUCAUAACAGGUUCAGGUUGAUGAAAAUCUUUACAAUUUCAAAAGGCAGUGUUGAGGGUGAAAUUUCUGAAAAUGUAGAGGAAAGUUAUGAGUGUAUGGGGAAUGGAGUACAACCUGAAGUUGACAUGCAUGAUGAUGAUUGUAAUUGGGAUGAUGAAAUACUAGAAUGGGCAACUCAGACUGAAAAUGAGCUGAAUGAUGAAUUAGAGCAUGAAUAUGCUACUGUGGAUGCUAAUGUGGUUGUAGAUGUGGAUGCUGAUGUGGUUGAUGUGGAUGCUGAUGUGGUUGAAGAUGUGAAUGUUGGUGUAGAUGAAGAUGUGAAUGUUGAUGUAAAUGAAGAUGUGAAUGGUGAUGUGGAUGAAGAUGUGAAUACUCAUGUGGAUGAAGAUGUAAAUGGUGGCAUGGGUCAAUACUCAGAUAUUGAAUCCAUAUAUUCACCAAGUGAUGAGUUGGAAAGCUUAUGUAAAUCAUCCUCUGAAGAAGAUGGCAGUGACAGUGAAGUGGAUAUGGUUCCAAGAAGGCAUAAAUUUAGGAAUAAUGUCAUAGAACUUGGCAACAAAUUUUUUUCACCUGAAGCAUUUAAAAUGGCCUUAAGGGGUGAUGCUAUUAAAAGAAAGUAUGAUAUUAGGUUUGUGAAGAAUGAAGGGAAUAGAGUUACUGCUACAUGUUCAAAAAAUUGUGGGUGGAGAAUUCAUGCAUCAUUUUACUCAGAGGAUGGCAGCUUCCAAAUAAAGACUUUUAACUCAAAACAUACUUGCAGUUACAACAAGCUUAAUAGUCAAGCAUCAGCCAGUUAUUUGGCAGCCAAAUACAUGGACACAAUUAGGGAUGAACCCACAUGGAAACCAUCUGCAAUAAAGAAGGCAGUUUUAAGAGAUUUGGAUGUUAAUGUUUCCAAAUACAAGGUUUAUAGGGCAAGAAAAAAGGCUAGAUUACACAUUGAUGGUGACCAUGGAUUGCAAUUCUCAAGGGCUAGAGAUUACUGCCAGCUCAUUCAGACCACCAAUCCUGGUAGUAUUGCAGUGACUACUGUUGAUAGACCAACACUUGAUGACCCUGCCAGAUUUAAAGGGCUAUUUAUUUGCUUUAAAGCAAUGAAGAUAGGUUUCUUGGAAGGAUGUAGGCCAUUCAUUGGAUUGGAUGGUUGCUUCUUGAAGGGUCCUUACAAAGGGCAAUUGUUAAGUGCAAUUAGCAAGGAUGGAGACAAUGGAAUAUUUCCUAUAGCCAUAGGUGUGGUUAGGUCUGAAACAAAACAAUCAUGGGAAUGGUUUUUAAACCAACUAGAAAGUGUUUUGGGUCCUCUAAACAGAUUUACAUUUAUGUCUGACAGACAAAAGGGUUUAGUUGAAAUCUUUGAAGACAAGUUGACAGAUUUUGUGCCAGCUAGGUUAUGGUCAAGGUCUAGAUUUAAUGAUAAUUCAAGAUGUGAUUUGCUUGUUAACAACCUUUGUGAGACUUGGAAUGACAGCAUUGGUGAUGCUAGGGAUAAGCCAUUAAUUACUAUGUUGGAGUGGAUUAGAGGGUACUUGAUGUAUCGGUUUCAAUCAAAAAGGGAAUGGAUUCAAACCCAGAAGAGGUUGUUGUGCCUUACAAUUGCUGACAAAUUGACCAAGCUAAUGGAUGAUUCAAGGCAUUCCGCUAUAAAGAAAGCAUGUGAUGAUAUAUAUGAAGUUUGCUAUAAAGGUGUUAGUGAUGCUGUUAAUUUGGCAAACAGAACAUGUAGUUGUAGGGAAUGGGAUGUUAGGGGUAUACCAUGUAUGCAUGCCAUUGCAUGUAUAAUUGACCAAAGGGGUAAUCCUGAAGACUUUGUUGAUAGUUGUUAUCAUAGGGAGACAUACUUGAGGACAUAUACACCUGUUAUUUUCCUUAUGCCUCUUAGGCAAAUGAUACGUGAAGUUGCCACUGAUCCUAUACACCCACCAAUAGUUAAGCCCUCAUCUGGCAGACCUAAAAAGGCAAGAAAAAAGGCUGUUGGUGAAGUGAACAACAAAAGUGGUGCAGUUAGCAGAAAAAAGCAACUACUCAACUGCAGAAAGUGUGGGGCAAAAGGACAUAAUGUCAGAACUUGCAAAGCUACUGAAGUAACACCUCAAGUUGCCAAAAAAAGGUACACCAGGUAG